AUGCCCCCAGAAGUACUCGAGGACCCUUCGCUCUGGCCACAGAUAAUUACCGUCAGAUGCAAGGGUCGACCCGCAGAGACUUUAGACUGGUGGGAUGGUAUAUUUGUGCAUCAGUUUGUGGAAGACCUUGGCUCCACUGUCAAGAACGAGUUGGGAAAGAUUUAUGCAGCAUUAGCUCAUCAUAAGAGUGUGAGGUUCUGCCAUUUCGAUGCGAAGGCAACAUCCGGGGAAGAGCUCGUUCCACUCCACGAUAAGCCCUUGGAUUUCAGCAAACAAGAGGAUCUCACCGAGGUCGAGAGCAUGCUGGACUAUGUCAGAGAAUAG